GCGCAGGCGCAAAAGGCGUUGCCUGACAGUGGUAAACAGACGUCAGAAGGGAGUCUUCGCCUCGAGUCAAAACAAAACAAAACAAAACAAGUCAAAAAUGGUGAAGGAGUGAAUAUUUGGACAACCACAACGACAGGAAGUUUUACAAAACUAACCGGUGAUUAAAAACCACUACUUGGAGUAAGUUACCGGACCCUUUUCACGGACUUUUUCACGGAUUGUAAACUCUGGAAUAGCAGGAGCUUAACCAGCUAACGUUACGGUGGCUAUCGUGCUGUUUUCAAAGUGCGGCGAGUGGGACCCGACAGACCUCCAAGGCGACUCAACUUCACCCAACACCCGGGGAUUUGCUUUGUAGUUCGUUUACCGAGACUAGAGGCCGAAAAUCUGUUGAGCUUCGGGCGUCUGUCGAGUGGAUUUUAUAACCGCUUCUUCAAGCAUCGUGUGCCGCGGUGGAGUGUGGAGAAACAUGGCAGAUGGUGACACGCGCCCGGCCGCAAUGUAGCGGAUCGUGCAGACCUGAAGCACGGACUUUUCUUACGCACAUCUCCGUCUGGUUUCACCCUAAACACUAUUUAACUGUAACUUCUAUUUGAACUCACUUUCUCUGGUGUUGUUUGAGUCGCUGGUGAGAGCGGCUUCUACAUAUAUCUGAAGAUAUAGGCCAAAGAGACGGCGGCCAGCGUCCCCCAACUGUUUUUACGCUUUUUUUUUUUACAGUUUGUGAACGGAACCGGUGGUCGGUCGAUCACCCGUUGCACGUUUUUUACACUUGACAUUAACUCACUUGGACUAUUUUUACUGUUUGUGGAGCCUUGUGAGUUUUACACAAGUUUGUUCAGAAGUGUUUAAUCGUCGGAGAUCCCAGACAUCGCGUUGUUUACAAGUGGAGGCGGACAGGGGCUCUCCUGAGAAGCUCUUUUGUAACAGUAGCCAGAUAAUCCCCGUUUGUAGCCCUCAGUGUACAGUACACUAAAAUCAUAGCCUAGAUUUGACUUUGUACGUGUAGAUUUUUAAGUCUGGUACGAAGAGAUAUUAAUUCGGAUUGUUUUUUUCUUAAAUUAUUACUUUUUUUUAACUUGUUAGGGACACUAUUUUAAUUUGGCAUAUUUAAUUUGUAGUUAUCAGGAUACACAUUGUGUGUCCAUAAACACUCGUGGGUUUUCCAUUCAUUUUCAAGAGGGCCUAAACUCCUGUAGAUCCAGAUGUUUUGGUGCUCACUCCCGCUCUGCCACGUUUGUUUUUAUUUUAUUCAGACAAAGGGAAUCUCAACCCAACCCUCCUUUAUUCUAUAUAAAUCGGAAGGUUUAUGAUAGUUACUAUUAAGGAGAUUAUUUGGGUUCCCUAAUCUCCAAUCUGAGGAUUAACCGAAGCUAUUGGUGUGUCCAGAUUAUUCCGUCUCUUCUCCAGGCCCCUCUGUUUACACCCCUGCGGUGGGUGGACCAUAUUGUUUUUGGAGGCGAUCUGAAUAGUGUUUCAAAGGAUCAUUACUUUAGCACUUUCAAGUAAAUGUUUUAAGUGGCUCCUGUCUCCAGUGGAUGUACAGAGGACCGUGAUGGAGGACUCAUCAGUGCCCCCGAUUGACCCAGAUUUUGAGCCGCAGAGCAGACCACGGUCCUGCACGUGGCCGCUCCCGAGACCCGACAUCUCGGUUGUCAAACCGGAGGGGGCGGAUGGCACCGAGUCCGCCGCCGGGACCCCUCCCGCCGACGAGGACAAGCCCGAGCCGCAGCAAAUCACGUCCGAGCCCGAGAAGGCAGCUGCGGCCGCAGAAGGCGGGGUUGUGGCCGGCGUGGGCGGAGCCGGCGCUACGCCCCGCAAAGGAUCAUCCCGGCGCAACGCGUGGGGGAACCAGAGCUACGCAGAUCUGAUUAGCCAGGCCAUCGAAAACUCACCUGACAAGCGGCUGACCCUGGCUCAGAUCUAUGAGUGGAUGGUGAAAACAGUGCCUUACUUCAGAGACAAAGGAGACAGUAACAGCUCAGCCGGGUGGAAGAACUCAAUCCGCCACAAUUUAUCACUCCACAACAAGUUCUUGAGAGUACAUAAUGAAUCAACAGGCAAGAGCUCCUGGUGGAUGCUCAACCCAGAAGGAGGGAAAACUGGGAAAGCUCCUCGCCGCAGAGCUGCCUCCAUGGACAACAGUAGCAAACUGCUAAAGAGCCGCAUGAGGGCGAAGCAGACCAAGAAGCAGGCAGCUGCCGGCCUUGGCGGUGCCGGGGGGACGCUCCAGGGUGAUGGCAGUACGGGUUCAGCAGGUGCUGAUAGCCCAAAUUCAUCCCAGCAGUUUCCCAAAUGGGGGGUCAACAACAGCAGCCCCUCGUCCCGAGGCAGUCUGGACGAUGCUGACAUGUGGACCACUUUCCGCCCACGCACAAGCUCUAAUGCCAGCACCUUGAGUGGCCGUCUGUCACCCAUCGCUCCUGGACAGGAGGAUGACGAUAACUUACCUGAGGAUAGCCUGCUGGGUAGAUAUGCUGGCAGCAGCUUGACCCCCACCCUAACUGAGACCCUCAUGGAGGAGCUGGAUCUGAUCGACGGCCUCACGCUGAUGACUGGGCAGCAGGGAGGGGCCAGUCCCAGCACAGCCCCGCCAGCACCACCCACUCCGCUUCCCUCCGCCUCCACUCUACUGCCUCGUGGCUCCAGCUUCUCCUCCUUCCAUCAGCGGCAGCCCUCCAGCCUCCCACAGGCCCCCUCGCACACUGGAACUCCCACCUCUGUCACCCAGUGCGGAUCCAGCAGCAAAGAACCAACAACUUUCAGCAACUCCCUGUUCAACCCUAUGCCCAGUUCCAGCUCUCGUGGCGGGGGGCACUACAGCGGCCACGUGCCUUCCAGCCUGGAGGCGCUUCUCACCUCUGAUUCCCCCCCACCCACCGAUGUUCUGAUGACCCAGGUGGAUCCUCUCAUGCAGAGCCCUGGAGGUGUGGGCUUAAUGGGCCUGGGCCAGUCUGUGGUGGGCGUUCGGUCCAAACCCAGUCAGUUGCUGAUGGGUAAAGGGCUGGAGCCGAACACCGUGGCCCCCAUGGCGCUGCAGGCUCAGAUGCAGCCGCCACCACAGCACCACCUCCACCACCAGCAGCCACAGCAACAGCAGUCGCACCAGCAUCACUCUCAGAUGGGGUUGGGAAUGAUCCUCUCAGGUAUGUCUCAGGACCCCCCACAGCUCUCAGCACUCAAAGCCCCACACACCGCCGUGCCAUCUGUGGGGUCUCACCAUGCGGCAGCCGUCGCCUCAGCCAAUCCCAACGUGAGUCUGCAGGGAAUGGGUCAGUUCGGACCUCCGUCCUGCUUCCAGCCUGGCCAGGACCGACUUCCCACUGACCUGGACAUAGACAUGUUCACUGAAAACCUGGAUUGUGAUGUGGACUACAUCAUCAACACUGACUUCAUGGAUGGUAUUGACUUCAACUUUGACCCCAUUCUGCCUGAAGGUCAAGGCUAUGCGAGUCCAGCCACCACACAAGGCUCCGCCCACAACUGGGUGCCCAGCUAACUUCUCAGCUGAUCACAGAGUUAGCCAGGAACUGAUCUCCAAUCAAGAUAACCUCACAAAAUGACAAAAUGACUGGUGCAUUCCUCCUCCCUGCUGGCUGAAGAUAUGAUUUUCAAACACCGUGUUUUUCUUUGACUUUAAAGACAAAACCAGACCUCACCCAUGUCAUGUGCCAAGACAUGCAGAGGACCGGAUUCAGGCUACUAUGCACAGACUUAUCUCCCUUUUUCCUUUGUAACACAUAGAACGUCUUGGCUGCUAGCCGAUUUUUUUUUCUGCUAAUCUGAACAGAUUAUUUUUAAAGAUGUGUGACAUUAUUGUUUUAGUUUGAAAACUCGAAUCAGCUCCGCUCUGCUUGGAGUUCAGAUUUCAGCUGUGUUACACCAGAAAAGCUUUAGGGUGGAAACGGUACCCCUGAUCCUGACGGCUUUGGUAUUGAAGACUGUGCGUUUUUGUAGAAAUGGCCAGUUUUUCACUGAACUGUCGCCUGUCAACACUUACCCAGCAUGCAUUGCUAGACCAAAUGCUUGAUGGCGCAGCUCACCCUGCUGCGCUGUCCUCUGUAGAAAAGAACGUUUCCGUUGAAGGAGUCAGUGAAGAAUUUGAGGAUCGUGACUGUUUGAAGAGCAGGUGGAAGAGAACAACUGGACGACUCAAGGCAUAAUAUAAUUCAACAUCGCCCCCCACUGUGUAUUGGACUUCUUAUAUGUGUGCGAUUUUUAUUUCUUUUUUACGCAACAAAGAGAAGGUUAAAGCAUUUUUUGUUUUGUUUUGUUUUUUUUUUCAAUCAGACUUGGUGAUUUGACUUAAGUGGGUAUAUAUUUUGCAGUUUGGCAUUUUUUGACUUCAAUCCAGUGUGUUAAAAUAGAUAGUCACUUAGAGGGAAUUUAUUUGAAAUCCCUGAUGUGCAGUUAAACUAACAAAAUGAAGAAAUGUGAUUUUUGAAUUUAUACACGGGGCAUUUAUGGGCAAAUUUAUUCACCAACACAUGGUAUGUUGGCCAAGUAUUAUGUUGUCUUAGACAGCAGUAUGGCUCCAUUGUCCAAUGGUCUACCUAUUUUUUUUUUUUUUUUUUGUCUUUAUCGUAGAGCCUGUGCAUUUUCAAAGCACUUAGGUUUCCUGCUACACAGGAACCCAAAACCAGGAGAAUACAUCCACAUUAGGUUAAAUCAUUUCAUGUAAGAGUUUGAAUCCUGUAAGCAUGUGAUGUACACGUUGCACAUGUACAUACAUGAUGACACACUAUGCAGAUCUAUCAGGAGAACUAAAUGAAAUCUUGAAGGAAAAUUUGAAAAAUCACUUCUUGAAGGGUUUUUACUAUUUAACAUUUUCCUGAUAUUUGUAGGGGUGAGGGGAGCGGGCGCUGCAUGACAGAAUAUCCUCUCACACUUUAAUUAUUCAGUACUAACGUUAAAGAAGUUAAUUGUGUGAGAAGUACAAAAAAAGAAUAUAUUUGAUUAUAGUUUUAAUAUACAAUUUAGAUGGAGGUAAUAAAUGAGAUAUUAAUACAUAUGAAUAUAUUACUAAUUACAAUCGAUGUUUUUUUACAUUGGAGGAAACAUUUUCAGAUAAUUUUAACGGUAAUUUUCUAUACUUUUAUUUUUGUAAAGGAUGAGAUGCAUGUAGAUUUUUUACAUAACCAAAGGAACACUAAUAAUUGCAUGGCAUUUAGGGAGCGCUUGGGCCUGACACAGUAUCUCGGUGUACAUAAGCUUUGCAAAAGAUGCCUGUAACAUGUAACCUGACUUUGAAAGAUAAGUGAGGCAACAGUACAUCAUCAAUACUUGACCGUUGGAACUAAAAUUCCCAAUUGAUUUGCCAUCUGCUUUGGACUUUUUUUGUUUCUUAAUUAUUAUUCUCUCCUUUUGGCUUAUCUGCAUAACCCAAGUUCAAGAAAAAAAAAGAAGACCUCGAAAUUCUCAUCUCAAAACAAGUCUAAUAAAGUAACAGUUACCUCUCAGGGUCGCUCAGAAGAAUAAGAACAGGAAAACAGUUCUGCACAGGCGUUAUCUGAUCAUGUGACAGUAGACAAAGUAUUUAUUUUACAUAUUUUCUGUUCAGAUCGACUGGAACCCAAUGCACCAUGUCUCCACACGAUUUCCUCAAGGCAUUUGGGUGAAAUCUCAAAUUUACCCCCCCCCCCCCCCCCCCCCCCCCCCGUUAUUUUAAAGAAAUAUGUUUUCACUUUCCAGCCUUGUAUAUCAGUAGUAUCCCGUAUUUUUUCUUUAUUUUUUGGGGACUGCCAAUAUUUAAAACACUAUAGCAUGCUGAUUCUAUAGCAAGAUGGACUUCAUUUUGUCAUCUUCCCCCUUUUUAAAAUGUGUGUUCUGUGUUUGUACUUAACCAAUUCAAUGGUCAUGUCAGUUUUUUUAAUCAAAAAUAACAUCCCUGCAGUUAAACUCUUAAUAAUCAUCAUUUUACUGUAGCUAUGUGAAUAUGUUAGCCUCUGUUUUGUAUAAAGCACUCUUUUUUUUUUUUUUUUCACUUUUUCUUUUUUUGAAUGGUGCUAGAUGUCAUUUAUGAUGUGUUUUGGAGUACGCCAUGAUGCAAUGGGUGCUUAUCAGGGCCUUUGAAUAACCUGCAUACAGCACAAAAAUCUCGAUUUGGUGUUAUGGUAGCGGUUAGCAAACAAUCAGUAGUGCUCCCUUCUUUUAUUAUUAUUUUAUCUAGACAUAUAAUAAUCCCCCAACUGGUCAGUCAAAUUUUAUCUGGAAACUAGAGACCAGUUUGUUCAAACUGCAUGAAAACAAAAUAUUUGGUUCUUAUUUUGUAAAACAAUAAUAAGGACAUGUGAUUAUAUUAGAAAAUCUAUAUACUAAACUUGCCCAGUUACCUUUAGACACUGUGCAGAUGUUGGAAAUGUUGACUGCAGCCUUUAAAGGCAAUGGAGCAUCUCUCACAUAGAAUCUGCUGCGUCAGACUUUGACAUCUCUGUUUAGUUUACUGUUGCCUCAUAAAAAAAGGCAGGUGUGGUGUUUUUUUACUUUCCUUAUAUCUCCCCUUUAUAUAAUUACAUAUAUCUGAAUAUUUCUUUUCUUUCAGCUCUUUUGUCUUAUGAGAAAGUAGAUAAAGUUAAUCCCAGUCUGUUUGUUUUAAAAUCUAAAAAUGCCCCCAUUUGAUACAGUAUUUUAGUAUUUGGCGAGGGUUUUUGUGUUGUACUGUAUUUUUUUUUCCCCCGCAUGGGCAGGUGUGGGUGGGUUGGGUGGGCAGGGAAUGAUGAGUUGUGCAUAAGCCAAUUAUGUUUUCUGAAUUUGAUCAUUGUUAAUAGUUUUACUUUCCUCUCACCCCGACAGUUGUCUUUUUCUUUACACAUUGUAAAGUCAGCCAGAGAUGACAAACAGUUCUGAACAGCAGAAAUAAAUUCAAUAAACUGCUUAACCC